UGCACCAAGGUCCCUUUUCUGUGGAUGGAAUUCAAUCGAAUUAAUUGUCAAAAAUYGAUAAAAUGUGCUUUCCAAUAGCCUGAGGAAUAGCUAAAAUGGCUGAGAAAGAAACAGCUCCAAAAACUUCAUCCUCGGAAGUUGACAAGGACGAACCGGCUCCAAAACGGAUUCGUCUGGGAUCUACGGAGUUGAAAGAAACGUCUGAAUUCUAUACCAAAUGGAAAGAGCAAGAUGACUACAUUGACUAUCUAGAGUCUAAAAUGAAUGGUGGAGACCCAACUUCAAACAGUGAGCUUGCUGGACUGCGAGAGUCAGAAGAAAAGCUCAAACAACAGCAGCAGGAAUCUACAAGAAGAGAGAACGUCUUGGUUAUGAGACUGGCUACCAAAGAACAUGAAGUCCAAGAUUUACUGACACAGAUUCAUGACAUGAAACAAGCUCAGAAUCCAUCAGCAAUUCAAAUGCGGUCAACUCUCCUGGAUCCAGCWGUAAAUCUUCUAUUUCAACGAAUGAAAACAGAGCUAGAUGAAUCUAAAGAAAAGCUUGAGCAAGCGCAGGGUGACCUUGGUGCCUGGAAGUUUACUGCAGACAGUGUUACUGGCAAGAAGCUCAUGGCUAAAUGCAGGAUGUUGAUUCAAGAGAAUCAGGAGCUUGGACGGCAGCUUUCACAAGGAAGGGUYGCACAGUUAGAGGCAGAAUUAGCCCUGCAGAAAAAAUAUAGUGAUGAAUUAAAGAGUAGUCAAGAUGAGUUGAAUGGUUUUGUAAUACAGUUGGAUGAAGAAGUCGAAGGAAUGCAGUCRACCAUAAUGACGCUACAACAACAACUAAAAACCAUUAAACACCAGUUAUCUGAACAAACAACACUAACACAAGAUAUAAGAACUAAAUGUUCUCACUUGGAGAAAGAACUGGAAGUUGCUAAGCAACAGUAUGCAGAAACCAUGGCAACAAAGGAGCAAGUUGAAAACAAAGACCUUGGAGGACACAGAGACAGUCAUCAAUCAGCAGAUGACAUGUGUCAAUCACCCACCCCCAAUGAAAGAACAUCUCCCUCUACAAUCAUAUCAACAACAACUAAUAAUGUUCCUUCAUCAUUCUCAAUCAACAAUAUCCUAUCGCUAGACCCUAAACCUGACAAUGCACAUACUGUUGGUACAUUGGUAUCAAACAUAGAAAAUGGACAAGAGGGAGGGGUCCCUAGGGAAGCUAAUCCAUCACCUGAACCACUAGAACCCAGUGACACUCAAACAUUAGUGACCAAGGGAUUAGUAGAUGGGAUUGGGACYGAGGUUAGUGUGAUCAAUGUGGGUGCCGUUAAUUGAUCUCAUUGCGGGGAAUAUCUAAUAUAAUCAUGUCCUCAUUGCCUUUUUUAUGUCAUUUUUUGUCUUUUUUUUGCCUUUUACAAACUGUUUAUGUCUGACUUUCUCUAUUAAAAUCAUCAAAGAACAUGUGCGAUGUCUUGAAUGAAAGGAGUCAAUCCUAAUGGUGUAGAAUAGAGAUAGUUUACUCCCAUACAGAAAAGUGAGUUUUUAC